AUGAAGUCUAAACAUCACCUUAUAGCCUUCUUCAUCAAUUUCCUCCUGACCGGUGUAGUAGAAAUUCAGCCAGCCCAGGAAUCUCUGAAGCCCCAGAGGGUACGAUUCCAGUCCCGAAAUUUUCACAACAUUUUGCACUGGCAGCCUGGGAAGGUGCUUCUAGACAACUACAGCAUCUAUUUUGUGCAGUACAAAAUGUAUGGACAGACAAAAUGGAUAAAUAAAGAGGACUGCUGGGGUAUUCAAGAACCCUUUUGUGACCUUACCAAUGAAACCUCAGAUAUACAAGAACUUUAUUAUGGGAGGGUAAGAGCGGCUGUGGCUGAGAUCCACUCCAGCUGGAGCGUGAGCCCACGGUUUACUCCCUGGUGGGAAAGGAUCAAAAAAAUCUAUAAGAUCUCCCCGGGAUAUGGGACAAUACUGGAGGCCCAGCCUUGGAUGUCCUUACUGGGAAGCUGGACGCUCAGUAGUGACAUGGUCAGUCCAGCAUUGAUAGCCUCUGUCAUACAGUAUGCCUGGUACCUCUGUAAAAAUUCCCAUUGCACCUUUGACCUGGAAACAAGCAGUUCCACAGAAAAAUGUGGCUUUGUUUACCUUGCUGUCAUAGGUGUUAACGAGAACAAGCAGUAG